UAGACAGCAGAGAUAAAUAAAAAUAUUGCUGUGUAAAAAUGAAGUAGAGAUUGUAAUUUUUCUCGUUGAUUAAUUUUAGAAUUAAAACGGAUAACAAAGUAGUGCAAAAUGUAUCCAAGUCAUAGAAUAUCAUGUGCACUGUUUGCUAUCGUGACCUUCUUAUCAGUAACCUAUGGAAUAGAGAUACCAGAACAAUUCCAGAAGUCAAACCACUCUAACAACUGGGCUGUUCUAGUGGACACUUCCAGGUUUUGGUUCAACUAUCGUCAUGUGGCUAACGUGUUAUCCAUUUACCGGAGUGUCAAGCGGUUGGGCAUACCGGACAGUCAGAUUAUCCUGAUGAUAUCCGACGAUAUGGCGUGUAACCCCAGGAACCCGCGUCCUGCGACCAUAUUCAACAAUGCUCAUGAACAAAUCAAUGUUUAUGGUGAUGAUGUUGAAGUCGACUAUAGGGGUUAUGAGGUUUCAGUAGAAAACUUUGUGCGACUCUUAACUGGUAGAGUACCACCCGACACUCCUCGAUCAAAAAGGCUGCUGACUGAUGAAGGCAGCAACAUACUGAUCUACCUCACAGGACACGGUGGUGAUGGCUUCCUCAAGUUCCAGGACUCCGAGGAAAUCACCAGCCAAGAGCUAGCUGAUGCUCUUGAACAAAUGUGGGAGAAGAGAAGGUACAAUGAGAUAUUCUUCAUAAUAGACACAUGCCAAGCUUCAUCAAUGUAUGAGAAGUUCUACUCUCCUAAUAUUUUAGCUACUGCAUCAAGUUUAGUGGGAGAGGAUUCUCUCUCUCAUCAUGUGGAUUCAGCUAUUGGUGUGUAUAUCAUAGACAGGUACACAUAUUAUGUGCUUGAGUUCUUGGAAAAUGUACACCCUAACAGUAAAAGGACUAUGUCUGAAUUUUUGGCAGUAUGUCCAAAAAGCGCGUGCCUAUCAACAGUAGGAGUGCGGCGUGACUUGUUCAAGCGCGACCCCGACAAGGUGCCCAUCACCGACUUCUUUGGGUCUGUACGACCUGUCAUCAUCACUACAGACCCUAUUGAUAUAUUGGACACGCCCAAGAGAAAGAGGAAGUCUGAGAACAAAACCAAAGUGCCAGUGAAACGAGAAUAUCUACCUCAGUUCCCAAUGCAUCUAGUCCCCAACACGAGGGCCGAUUAGCUAUGUCAGUAUUGUUAUAAUAAUUUAUGGUAAUAAAUUUAUUAUUUAAAA